UGUCCACCAUUCGGCUCUGCCUCGACCGCUGUUGAGGAUUGAUUGUAUUCCGUCGAAAAACAGACUUUUCGUAGGUACCACGAUAGGAACUUGGUAGGGUUGAGGGAACCUGCUCCGAAGAAGUCCACCUUUCGGGUUUCCCAUUCUAGAAGCUCCCUAUGUUCUAAACCCUGGGACCCAGCUCCGUAUCCUUGAGAUUCAGGGUUCGUUUACAUUAUUGAUGAUUCCUGUUGUUGUUGUUGCUUUAGUUGACUGAUUGCAUUGUCGCUCUUGUCCUUGUUUCUGUUCCAACCUUGAACGUUCUUAUCUUGCUAACGAUUAUUCCGUAGAGACAAAUCUCAAUAUUUUCGGAGGAAGAUGAGUGGGGCGAAUCCGCCAGCGGUGACGCUCUUGCAGAAUAUCGCGAGGGCGGCCAUCGCAUUGGGAGCGGGCGGGAGUUUGCUCAACACCUCGCUCUACACGGUUGAUGGAGGACAUCGGGCAGUUCUCUUUGACAGGUUUCGAGGGGUGUUGGACGAGACUGCCAGCGAAGGCACGCAUUUUUUGAUUCCUAUCUUGCAAAAGCCCUAUAUUUUUGAUGUUAGAACCCGACCUAGAAAUAUCACCACCGUUACGGGCACCAAGGAUUUACAGAUGGUGAAUCUUACUCUUCGUGUAUUAUCGAAGCCAGAUCCAGAGAGAUUGCCCACUAUUUUCAAAACCCUAGGUACUGAUUAUGAUGAUCGAGUGCUCCCCUCCAUUGGCAAUGAGGUUCUCAAGGCCGUCGUGGCGCAGUUCAAUGCGGACCAGCUUCUCACAGAGCGGCCGUAUGUAUCGGCGCUAGUGCGAGAUGCUCUUAUUAAGAGAGCCAAGGACUUUAAUCUUCUUUUGGAUGAUGUGGCGAUCACUCAUUUGUCUUAUGGAGCGGAAUUUUCACGGGCUGUGGAGCAGAAGCAAGUUGCUCAGCAAGAGGCAGAACGAUCGAAGUUUAUCGUGAUGAAGGCCGACCAGGAGCGGCGCGCUGCUAUUGUUCGAGCUGAGGGAGAGAGUGAGGCUGCGAAGCUUAUCUCUGAUGCGACAGCGAGUGCUGGAGGAGGCCUUAUCGAGCUUCGUCGAAUCGAAGCGUCUAGAGAAAUUGCGGCUACUCUUGCUAAGAGUCGGAACGUAGUAUAUCUGCCCUCAGGGAAUAAUAUGCUUUUGGGCAUUAACCCGUCCAUUUCAAAUAGCUCAUGAUAGUCAGGUUUUCUCUACAGUAUUUCUAUGACCUUCGCUGAGUUUAAUCUUUGACUAUCAGGGAGAAGUUUGUUUUAGAAUGUGGAAGCAAUUGCUCAAUUUUGUUGAUGCAGGAGGAGAAACAAAUUCAUGUUCAUUCGUUACGCAUUGGGUUAGUCCUCGUAAUGAAGCGGAAGCGCCUUCGAAGUCUGAGUAAUUCGCACGAGAGAACACGCGGAUUGGUCGGUACUUAAAUACGAUUAGCUCAUGAGCAGUAUACCUUACUGCUAUUACGUCCUUAAAUAAAUUAAGUUGAGUUGGAAUCGCCGAAGUCUCUUUGCAAUCAUAUGAUGAAUGUUACACAUGACAAAUUAGUAUUCUAGGUCUUCCGAUUAAAUUAAAUUAAAUUAAAUUC